GCCUUUGUGAACAGCCAGGAAUGGACGUUAAGCCGGUCUGUCCCAGAACUCAAAGUGGGAAUUGUGGGUAACUUGGCCAGCGGCAAGUCGGCCCUAGUGCACAGAUACCUGACGGGCACCUACGUCCAGGAGGAAUCUCCCGAAGGUGGAAGGUUCAAGAAAGAGAUUGUUGUUGACGGACAGAGCUACCUGCUACUGAUUAGAGAUGAAGGGGGCCCCCCAGAGGCUCAGUUCGCCAUGUGGGUGGACGCGGUUAUAUUUGUCUUCAGCUUGGAGGAUGAAAUAAGCUUCCAGACUGUUUACCACUACUACAGCCGGAUGGCCAACUACCGGAACACGAGUGAGGUCCCGCUGGUUCUGGUGGGCACACAGGAUGCCAUCAGCUCCACAAAUCCACGGGUCAUCGAUGACAGCAGGGCGAGGAAGCUUUCCAACGACCUGAAGCGGUGCACUUAUUACGAGACUUGUGCCACGUACGGGCUGAAUGUGGAACGGGUCUUCCAGGAUGUUGCCCAGAAGAUCGUGGCCACGAGGAAGAAGCAGCAGCUCUCCAUUGGGCCCUGCAAGUCCCUCCCCAACUCUCCCAGCCACUCCUCUGUGUGCUCUGCCCAGGUGUCCGCAGCACACAUCAGCCAGACCAGUAACGGAGGCGGGAGUUUGAGCGACUACUCCUCCUCGGUCCCGUCCACUCCGAGCACCAGCCAGAAGGAACUGCGCAUCGACGUCCCUCCCACUGCCAACACGCCGACGCCCGUCCGCAAGCAGUCGAAGCGUCGCUCCAACCUGUUCACUUCCCGGAAAGGGAGCGACCCAGACAAAGAGAAGAAAGGGCUGGAGACGCGAGCGGACAGCAUCGGGAGCGGCCGCGCGAUCCCAAUUAAGCAGGGCAUGCUGCUGAAGCGAAGUGGCAAAUCCCUGAACAAAGAGUGGAAGAAGAAAUACGUCACCCUGUGUGACAAUGGUGUGCUGACCUACCACCCGAGUCUCCAUGAUUACAUGCAGAAUGUGCACGGCAAAGAAAUUGAUCUCCUGAGGACCACCGUCAAAGUGCCCGGCAAGAGGCCCCCCCGCGCCACGUCGGCCUGCGCACCCAUCUCCAGCCCCAAGACCAACGGCCUGGCCACCGACAUGAGCAGCUUGCACAUCUCGCCUAACUCCGGGCAUGUCACUAGUGCGUCCGGGCCUCAGAUGGCAAGCGGCGUCAGCCUGGUCUCCUUCAACAGCCGGCCGGACGGCAUGCACCAGCGCUCCUAUUCUGUCUCCAGUGCUGACCAGUGGAGUGAGGCUACGGUCAUUGCCAACUCGGCCAUCAGCAGUGACACAGGGCUGGGCGACUCCGUGUGUUCCAGCCCCAGUAUCCCCAGCACCACCAGCCCCAAGCUCGACCCACCCCCCUCUCCUCACGCCAACAGAAAGAAGCAUCGGAGGAAGAAAAGCACCAGCAACUUCAAAGCUGACGGGCUCUCAGGCACGGCUGAAGAACAAGAAGAGAACUUUGAGUUCACCAUUGUCUCCCUCACUGGUCAGACGUGGCAUUUUGAAGCCACCACGUAUGAAGAGAGAGACGCGUGGGUCCAGGCCAUCGAGAGCCAGAUCCUGGCCAGCCUGCAGUCCUGCGAGAGCAGCAAGAACAAGUCCCGGCUGACCAGCCAGAGCGAGGCCAUGGCCCUGCAGUCCAUCCGAAACAUCAGAGGGAAUUCGCACUGUGUGGACUGCGAGACUCCAAAUCCUAACUGGGCCAGCUUGAACUUGGGCGCCCUCAUGUGCAUCGAGUGCUCAGGGAUCCACCGGAAUCUCGGCACCCACCUCUCCCGAGUCCGAUCUCUGGACCUGGACGACUGGCCCAUUGAGCUCAUCAGAGUGAUGUCGUCCAUUGGCAAUGAGCUGGCCAACAGCAUCUGGGAAGAGAGCAGCCAAGGCCGGACGAAACCCUCACUAGACUCCACAAGGGAGGAGAAGGAACGGUGGAUCCGUGCCAAGUACGAGCAGAAACUCUUCCUGGCCCCUCUGCCCUGCUCUGAGCUGUCCCUGGGCCAGCUUCUGCUGCGGGCCACCGCCGACGAGGACCUGCGCACGGUCAUUCUGCUGCUGGCACACGGCUCCCGGGACGAGGUGAACGAGACGUGCGGCGAGGGCGACGGCCGCACCGCCCUGCACCUGGCCUGCCGGAAGGGCAACGUGGUCCUGCUACAGCUUCUCAUCUGGUACGGCGUGGACGUCAUGGCCCGGGACGCCCACGGGAACACGGCGCUGGCCUAUGCCCGGCAGGCCUCCAGCCAGGAGUGCAUCGAGGCCCUGCUCCAGUACGGUUGUCCUGACGAGCGCUUCGUGCUCAUGGCCACCCCCAACCUGUCCCGGAAGAACAACAACCGCAACAACAGCAGCGGGAGGAUGCCCACCAUCAUCUGAGG